AUGACCACAUUCACAUCAUGCCCGGAUCCAUUUCUGAUGGAAUCGCAGUUCCCCGAAGUCGGUGGAUUUGUGAAAGGACGAUAUUGCGAAACUGUUGGGAACGUCUCGUGCUGCCUACCAUGUCCGCUCGCCGACUGGCGAUAUGCUGAUAAUAUUUCGAAACGGGUGGAUACCGCUGGGUGGAUUAGUGUCGCCAUUCUUCCGCUAUGUAUCUUCCUUCUUGUUUCGUAUGCGGUUCUGCCCGCCAAAUGGACCCAUCGCCACUAUUUGAGUAUCUGUUUCACACUGGGCAUCUGCUGUAUGCAGAAGAUCGCAUUCAUUAUCCCACUGGGCACAAAGCCCGAACAAUGCUACAAUGCUAUCACGCCGAAGGACAUGCACGAUGAUCUGUCCUGCGCCUUUUCAGGCUCGCUGUUACUAUUCGGAGGCUGGAUGGCGGUUAUCUGGAGUUUCAUCCGCACCAUAGGGUUUCACCUUCAAGUCUGCUGGGAGGUCGUGCUGGGACCGAAGUUCAUGUGGGGGUCGCUUCUCUGCGGGUUUGGCAUUCCCGCCAUCGGACUAACUGUCAUGCUUGUCUUGACUGGAGUAUCAUAUCGAUUCGGCAAUAUCUGUCACAUCAACAUCGACAAUGGCAUCAACGACUAUUGGGCCCCCAUCAUGGCAUUUACGGCGGCCGCGCUGGUCAUCCAGGCUGCAACAAUAGCCUACUGCAUGCACAUCUAUCUGCGCUCCCUCUUCGAUACAUCAGCAUCCUCCGAGAACAACAGCUCCGGUCUCUAUUCGUACGCUGCCAGCGUUCGCACGGUCUCCGCUCGCCAGGCUUAUCGCCGCGUCCGCCGCGUGCUACAGUUACAAUGGCGCGGAGUUACGCUAGUGCUUGUCAUGCUUGGGAAUGUGAUUUUCUUCGCUGUGGUCUUCAUCAAGUUAGACCGGCAGAUUCAACCCAACGCGACGAAUCUGAAAAAGGCCACCCCGUGGCUCAUCUGCCUUGGGACGGGUGGUAGCAAGGAGAAAUGCAAGACCUUGGCCAAGGAUCUAGGCCCGAACGAGGCCACCUUACUCGCCAUGGUCUACCUGCUCGCACUGGUUGGGUUCUGGAACUUCAUCCUCUUUGCCCGCCCAUCCAUGUUUGCCGGAUGGGUCGAUCUCUGGAAACGGACCGUCGGGCGAGGCAACCAGUAUAUCUCCGCCGACGACGAACGCUACAUCGACAGCAAGGGCUUCGAGAUGCUGACGAAUCACCCCGGCAAGACCUCCGAGCCUUCCUACCCAUGCGAUCACCCAGUCCCGGUCGCAUGGCGAGCCGAAUGGGGAGUCCAAGUCCAACGCAAGACCGCACGGUCCACUUUGGGCAGGAAGCGAGUUAUGUUCCUCCAUCACUUAGUUUCUCAGGGCCCCGAGCACCGUCAUUAUCACAAGCUCGUGGGUGGGACCCGACUUCAACCUUUGCACCAGGCCAUGCGCGAUAAUCGUUGCCGUCCUUCGUCUAAAGUGGCAUAG